UUAAUUACAAUAGGUCUGGCAUAAGAUUGUGUGUACCACGUUCUCGUACAUCUAGGUACAGGCACUUUUAUUCCGAAUUCUAUUUUUAAUAAGCAGGUAAUUUGCCAAUAAUUGUGUUUAUUUUUAACUUCUUUUUUGUGUGAAGUUUUUAUUGGGACAUAUUUUUUGUGUAUUUGUCUGUGGUGUGCUCUGUAUUUUUGUGUUUUUACUGUUUUCUAGGCCAAAAAAGGAAAGCAAUUUUCGGAGUGUUACAAAUUGGACGAAUAAAUAAAUAUAUCUUACAUAUAUCUUAUACUACUAGGCCUUGGUCUAGCCUAGUAGUAGUACCCAAGGCUAGCCUAUGGCUAGCCUAGGCCUAGGUAGGCUAGGCCCGAGUCUAGGCUAGCUAGGCCUAGUAGGCCUAGCUAGUUAGGGCCUAGGCCUAGCUAGUUAGGAGCCUAGGCCUCGAGGCCAAGGCCUAGCCUAAGCCUUGCGUAAAAAAAGAUAAGCCAUUGUUAAGUGUUAUGUUUCCAUUUCCAAUUAAAGCAUUUGUUAAGUCUUACCUAGUUUAAAUGUAGGCCAACACUCAGAUUUUUUUUUAGUGUUGACGUUAAUUUCGCGGGAAUUUACGUAUGUUGACGCAAAUUUACCUACAUUGACGCAGAUUGUUAUGGUUUGACGUAAAAUGACGCGAUACUACCUUCAAAAAAAGUUUCCCUAUGCUGAAAAUGGAAGAGCCAAGGCUACGUCACUGUUUUGCAAAGCCUGGCUGCUUUGCAAAGCGUGGCUGACUUACGUCUCGCUGCCGGUCUGCAGCAGGAUCUCUAUCUCGCAUGGCGCCCAUGGCGAUUUCACUUUUUCGAUCGCAGUUAUCUAUCUUGCGCCGUGUCAACAAAAAUAGAGAGGAACCCCGAGGUCACCAUUCAGAUCAGUCAUUUCAAACUUCGUGAUGGUGUGCUGGAAAAUGUAAGGGGGUCAUCCCUUCCUCUAAAAGUCAAUCCUUCUAUAGAAAUGGAGGAGCUCUUAAGAAAGGGCGCCGAGAAAAUGAUCAAGUUCAACAAAGACUAAAUCUGCUUUCCACCAGAGGCUUUUAUGUUAUUGUACCCAGACAAAAGUGAGGUUCAUUUUUUACCAGGCAGUGAGGAUGAAAUAUUUUCAUUACAGAGAUACAAGGAGGAGCUGGGGAAAACAUACCAAAGAAUUUCAUUGUAUGUGUGCCUCAAAACCGAUUACAAUAAGUCAGUUUUUCAAGAUCUUUUGUCAGACAAUGAAAGUGAUUUUGAGUGUAAAGAAGAGCUUGAUACAAAUCUAUCUGCUACAAACCAGCCUACUAGAAACCACCUUGCCAGAAACUGUUCUGCUAUCAACCAGUCUGCUACAAGCAAUUCUGUCGAAAACCUGUCUGCUUCAAGUCAGCCUGCUACGAGCCAUCUUUCUAGAAAUCAGCCUGCUACAAGUCAGCCUGCUACAAGCCAUCUCUCAAGAAACCAACCUGUUACAAGUCAGCCUGCUACAAGCCAUCCUUCAAGAAACCAGCCUGCUACAUGUCAGUCUGCUACAGCUCAGUAUGAUACUAUUACUAGCCAAUCUGCAACAGAUCAGCCUGCCAUAAGCCAACCUGUCCUAAGCCAAUCUGAAGAUGAUGCCAUUGUGCCUAGCCCCGUGCAGCUCUCUGUAAAAGAAAUGGCACUCCACAGAAGCAAUGUUAUGAAAGACAUGAUUGAUGAAUUUAAAGAAGAUGGUAUUUUGAACUGUACCGUGAAUAUAAUGUUUCUUAAUGAUCGUGGAGAAGCUGAGGAGGGAAGAGGAUCUGGCGUAACCAGGGAAGCACUGAGCAUUUUCUGGCGCGAAUUUUUCACUUCACUUGCUGUUGGUGCUGCGGAAAAGGUUCCCUCCAUUAGACAUGAUUAUCAGAAAAAAGAGUGGCAGAGUGUUGCAAAUGUUCUAGUGUUUGGUUUUUUAGCAGAAAAGUUCUUUCCUUUGCAACUUUCAAAGGCCUUUAUUGCUUCCUGUCUAUUUGGAGAGUUUUGUAUAUAA